AUUCCCAUGUCCGCCGUAACAAAACCGAAACAAUCAAAAAAACUCAUGACCCAGCAACUACGCAAGGACUACCAAAUCUGUGAGGAGAUCGGCAGGGGACGCUACGGCACUGUUUUCCGGUGCGUUUCUCCUGCCUCCGGUGAGUCAUUCGCUGUCAAAACCAUCGACAAGCGACUAGUCUCCGGUGACUCCCUUGAGUCACAGUGUCUGUUAACGGAACCCAAGAUUCUGCAACUCCUCACGCCUCACCCUCAAAUCACGCAGCUGAUCGACUGUUACGAGGACGAUACGCACCUCCAUAUGGUCUUGGAGCUCUGUCCCAAUAAAGACCUCCACCAGGUUAUCGUCAAUCAUGGUUCUCUGCCGGAAUGCGAGGCGAGAGAGAUCUUUACUCGGCUGAUGCAAGCAAUCGCUCACUGCCACAGGUUCAACAUCAUCCACCGCGACAUCAAGCCCGACAACGUCCUCUUCGACUCGCGAAACAGAGUAAAAUUGGCCGAUUUUGGCUCCGCGGAAGCGAUUGUGGAAGGUGAAUUGACGAGUGGAGUGGUGGGGACGCCGUAUUACGUGGCGCCGGAGGUGUUGUCCGGGAGGGAUUACGGGGAAAAAGUAGAUGUGUGGAGCGCGGGUGUCGUUUUGUACAUAAUGUUGGCGGGGUUUCCGCCGUUUUACGGAGAAGAUGCUGUGGGAAUAUUCGAGGCGGUUCUGAGGGCUAAUUUGAGAUUCCCGAGUAGGGUUUUCCAAUCGUUUUCUCCUUCCGUAAAGGAUUUGCUGAGGAGGAUGUUGUCCAAGGACGUGUCCCGCAGAUUCUCCGCAGAGCAAGUUUUAAGGCAUCCAUGGAUGACAAGUGGUGGAGGGACCUGAACAGUGAGUGACUAACUGCUCCUGGAAAAAGCUAUGUUGAUGAAUAUUUGGAUUGCAGCAAGCGUGAAUGUUAGGUAAGGUCUAUGUAAAAUCUAAUAAAUUGAGAGAGAACAAAGAAGCUACUUUUGUAAAGGGUCUGUACACCUUCUAGAGAGAGUAUCCUGCUUAGUUUUUUUAUUGCGAGGAUGGUUUUAUGUAGGAAGCCCCCAGUUUGCAGUUCAUGGGGAAAGGUUUGCUAGAAACUGAAUGAGCAACACUCGUAUAAUAUUUUGUGAGUGUUCUACUUUGUAUAAUACGUUAAUGUUAUGCAAUUGAGAAUCUUCUUUUUUAAUC